GUGACAUCCACGGGCAGUACUACGACCUGCUGCGGCUUUUUGAGUACGGGGGCUUCCCCCCUGAGAGCAACUACUUGUUCCUGGGCGACUACGUGGACCGGGGCAAGCAGUCGCUGGAGACCAUCUGCCUCCUGCUCGCCUACAAGAUCAAGUACCCUGAGAACUUCUUCCUGCUGCGCGGCAACCACGAGUGCGCCAGCAUCAACCGCAUCUAUGGCUUUUACGAUAAGUGCAAGAGGCGUUACAACAUCAAACUCUGGAAGACGUUCACCGACUGCUUCAACUGUUUGCCCAUCGCUGCCAUUGUGGACGAGAAGAUCUUCUGCUCGGAUCAGGGGCUGCUCUGCGACCUGCUCUGGUCGGACCCCGACAAGGACGUGCAGGGUUGGGGCGAGAAUGAUCGUGGCGUCUCCUUCACCUUCGGGGCGGAGGUAGUGGCCAAAUUCCUGCACAAGCACGACCUGGAUCUCAUCUGCCGGGCGCACCAGGUGGUGGAGGAUGGCUACGAGUUCUUCGCCAAGCGCCAGCUCGUCACCCUUUUCUCAGCGCCCAACUACUGCGGGGAGUUUGAC